AUGAUUUGGUGUCGCUUUUGCGGCAAACGUUUAAUUUCUAAAGCGGAUAUCCGAUGUCACUCGAGCGAUGAACACCGUUGUAUAAGAUUUAAAUCAGAUCGCAGAGGUCGCCCAGAAUGUCUCACCUUAAAAGGAGGAAGCACGUUCAGCUUUUUUUCCUUCUUUUGCUCCCCACCCCCUAAUCCCAUCUUUCUGUUCUCUAUCCCGCCCCCCUCUAUCUCUGUCUCACCUCCUUUUUCUCCAUUGUUAAUUUUUUUUCUUAAUUUUUUUCUUUUACUGGUCAGAAUUUCCUCUGGCUUCAUCGAACAAUUUUUCAUCCAUCCUUUCUCUGCCCCAUCCUGUCUUCGCUCCUUCUUUCUCCCAUUCUUCUUUCCUAAAUUCCUUCCUUCCUUCCUUCCUUCCUUCCUUCCUUCCUUCCUUCCUUCCUUCCUUCCUUCCUUCCUUCCUUCCUUCCUUCCUUCCUUUCAUUCUAUAAAUCUAUCAAUGAAGCUGAAGUCGUUGCUACUCAUUCAGCGCCCCACGAAAGCCAACAUAUUUCUUUCCCCCUUUCUCGCACGUGUUGUUCUCUUUUCUUUUCUUUUUUUUUCAUAA